AAACACAAAUUUUAAAUUUUAUAUGCUGCCAUUAUUAUUUGUUUAUUACAGUAAGAUCUAAAGUCUGAUACAAUCUGUGUUACAAAUGUAUACAUUUGAUGUAAUUUUAAUUGUUUUUUAACUUUAACUAUAAUAAAUUGCUAUUGCAUCUGUAUAAUCUCCUGUAUCUUGUGUGAACUACAUAAUAUAAUAAAAUAUAGCAGAAUAUAACACAAUCUACCAUAUAUUAUGGAAUAACAAAUAAUAUAUCGUAAUAUACAGUUUCGGAUCGAAAUAAGCAAUACAUUCGAGACCAUACUGGUACUAUAUGGCUUAAUUUUAUUCUCGAAUGAGACAAAAAAGAACACGGAGAAGAAAUGAGAGGCUUGAGAUAACGGCAAUUUCAUAAAGUGAUCAGUCGAGCAGUAUAUAACACGUCAGGAUCGCUAAUAUUAGAAUGAGAAAGCAUUAUAUAUAUUCUAUUCGUUUUCUAUUAAAUGAUGUCACUAUUCAUUCGAUCACAAAAAUGUAUGGCUUCUUGCUUUCACAGACUUCUUACUCGUUUCGAAUCUCUCACUCUGUUGGCGAAUUCAAGUGAAGAAGAGGGGAUAGCGAGUUGCUUAUUUUGAGUCAGAAACCAGUUAUUAUAGGCAAAACUUAUUUCGAGAUAAAACUGUAGUGUAGUAUAUUUCAGAUUUGAUUUCAGUUCUAGUAUCUUAAUUAUCAGUCGUAUACAUUUUCUAAGGUUUCUUAAGGUGAUAGUUUAAAUAAUACAGAUGGUGGUGUACCUGAUGUUAUUAAAUUAAGACAUCCAGCUACAAAUCAACCUGCAAUGUUUGUAUUUAGUCCAGGCAAUGUAACAGUACAAGAAGUUCUGACAUUUGAUGAAAAUAAAAGGUCAUGGUUUAUAGAUGAUAAUGUAAAGUCUGAUGGAAAGUUACAUUUAUCUACUCCUAUUGAUCCAAUAUUUUUAAUAUUACCUUAUUUAAGAAAGUCACAACAAGCACAACCAUUAGAACAAUGUCUUUGGGAUGAAGAUUUUGUAGAAACGACUCGUCUUACUCAAUGUCAGAAUUUAAAACUGACUCUAGUCGCCGACCGCAAGGGAGAUGAAUCUUUACAAGCUUAUAAAUUUAAUGAAGAAAAAGCAUUAAUCUGGUUGCAUAAGAAAGUGGAAAGAGUAAUUGAAGUAUUAAAACAGAAGGGCAUUCAUGUAUCACAGGGUGCUAUUAGUGCUACUUAUGUUAAAAGUACUAAACUUGAAACUGCUUCAGAAGUGGAAUAUUUAAAAUAUGCACAUGGCAUUGUAUCAGAGUAUCUUCAAGAAGAUUUAUCAAAAAAAUUAGCACAACAUUUAAAUUUAGCAGAUGAAUCAGAAAAUAAGAAACGGAAAUUAAAUAGUCCUAAAGAUACUGUUGAAGAAAAGAAACCUAAGAAAGAUACAACUGAAAAUGAAUCAGUAUUAAAACCAAAAACACCUGAGUCAACUAAAUUAGAAAAGCCUCAAAAAGCUACAAUUGGUAAGAAAGAAUUAGCUAGACAAAAAGCAGCAGCUGGAUCCAAGAGCAUUACUAGCUUCUUUAAGAAAAAAUAAAUUUUAGGUAAUUUGAGAAAUCUAAAUAUAUAAAAAUUUUUGAAAUCUCAAAUAUUGCAAUAUGUAUACACUCAAGUUGUAGCACUGUUAUUCAGAACCAGGUUCACAACAUUGUAAAAAUAUCUUGAAAUAUUUUAAAUAAUUGUUUAACCAAUAGACAACUCUAAUCAAUAAGCAAUUUCUUAAAUAUUUUUUAAUAUAUAUGUUGCAAUCUCUCUACAUUGGGGAAUAGAAUAUUUAAGUACUUAUUAUAAUUUUGGAUGUACGUAAAAUAUAUUGUAAAAAACAUAAAAAUUUUGAAAAUAGCAAGUUUGAACAUGUAAAAGUAUUGGUCGUGUUCACAAUACAUUAUUUUUAAAUUAAAAAAUAUAUUAAAAAGUAAUUUAAAAUGGA